UAUUCUGUAUUCCACUCAAGUACACAUAUACUGUAAGGGUCCGCCUGCAUAGCCGGCAUACGUUUCACAAGGAAAUGUAGCCAAAAAUAGAGAAAGAAUUUUUUUGAAAGAAAUGUAAAGUAAAAUACAAACGUGCGUUCAUAAACUGUCUGCGUAUAUUUAUAACAACAAGAGACCGUCAACUACAAUUUCUUGUUUUCACUAUCUUCAAUGAUAUCGAAUGGCGAACCUCCACAACAGAUAUAUACAGCUACACAACACUUCGUACUCGAAAUAAUUUCGUUCAGACAAGUCAGUAUUUGGUUAACCAUUGAAUCGGUUGCGACUCAUUCAUUUAUUCACGUUCCUUCGCCUUGUUUAUUAAAUUACAGUAAAUAUGAUGGGUAUACGUGUGUUGUGUGCAUCGAAAAGUGCAGUUCAGAUCGGAGAUGUUUUGGCAAGAUUUAUGUCAACCGGUGGAUCGAGUAACAUCGGUUUCAUCGGUUUGGGUAACAUGGGCGGUCACAUGGCAAACAAUUUAAUGAAGCAGGGACACAAAUUAAGUGUCUACGAUGUAUCAGCCCCAGCUUGCGAUGCUCUUAAAGCUAAAGGAGCGAAUGUGUGCUCGAGUCCGAAAGAUGUGGCAAAGAAUGCUGACUUCGUGAUCACAAUGUUGCCCAACAAUGACAUCGUGUCCAACACCUACGAGACCAUUGUCAAAGAUGGUGUUAGCAGCAAUACAAUUUUUAUUGAUUCGAGUACCAUUGAUCCGAAUGUCGCUAAAUCGAUUCAAAAGUUGGUGACCUCUAAGGGUGCAAGAUUCGUUGAUGCUCCAGUCAGUGGCGGAGUUCCUGGAGCAGAAGCAGCAACAUUGACAUUUAUGGUCGGCGGAACAAGUGCAGAAUAUGAAGCGGUUAAAUCUACCUUAGAAUGCAUGGGCAAACGAAUCACUCAUUGCGGAGACUAUGGAAUGGGACAGGCAGCUAAGCUGUGCAACAACAUGUUGUUGGGAAUAUCCAUGAUCGGUGUCUGUGAGACAAUGAAUUUAGCCGUACGCCUUGGACUUGACGCUAAAAUGUUCAUGGACAUUGUUAACUCAUCAACUGGUCGAUGCUGGUCGUCAGAAGUUUAUAAUCCCGUUCCAGGCCUAGUACCAACAGCACCGGCUAAUCGUGACUAUGCUGGCGGUUUCUCCACCGAACUAAUAACAAAAGAUUUGGGUUUGGCGUCUGGUGUCGCAACAGCAUCGAAUACACCGAUCCCACUUGGCAGUAUGGCUCAUCAAAUUUACCGAACAUUGAAAUCGCGUGGCUUGGGAAAUAAAGACUUUUCGGUCGUUUACGAUUUUUUGAAAAACGAGAAAAAUAAUUAGAUGAAAACUGUUUGUGCGGCGGGUUCUGCAAUGGGUGUCGAUGGAUUGUACAAUGGUACUUGAGAUUUUGCAUUUAUUUUUCAAUUUUUAUUUCUGGAUUUUACCUACGAUUUUAUCAGUUGGAUAAGUUGAGUGUUUAUGGACCGCGUUGUAUACUUUUAAGCAAAUUGUUCGUAAAUAAAGACAGUUAAUUGAA